AUUUUUUAUUUCGUUUUAAUUUUGUCUUCUUUUUGUUUGAUUUAUGUAGUAAUAAAUAUAUAAUAUUUAUAUAUUGUAUUGUUUGUAAAUAGCAAAACAGCUUAUUACAUGUCGAACUCGAAAUCUGCAUUCAAUUUCUGCCAUGUUAAUUACAAAACUCCUGACACAAUGAUGUCUUCAAAGAGUGAAUUGAAAAAAUUGUCUGAAGAAAGUUUGACCAGGCAGCCGGAAGAAGUGUUUGACAUAAUUUGUAAACUUGGAGAAGGAUCCUAUGGAAGUGUAUUUAAAGCGCUGCACAAGGAAUCUGGUCAAGUACUUGCUAUUAAGCAAGUACCGGUUGACACCGAUCUUCAAGAAAUUAUAAAAGAAAUAUCUAUUAUGCAACAAUGCGAUAGCCCCUAUGUAGUUAAAUACUAUGGUUCAUAUUUUAAGAAUACUGAUUUAUGGAUUGUUAUGGAAUAUUGUGGUGCUGGUUCAGUAUCUGACAUCAUGAGAUUAAGAAAAAAGACACUGUCAGAAGAUGAAAUAGCUACUAUAUUGUCAGAUACACUUAAAGGACUAGAGUACUUACAUUUAAGGAGAAAAAUACACAGAGAUAUUAAAGCUGGAAAUAUAUUGUUAAACUCUGAAGGACAUGCUAAACUAGCUGAUUUUGGGGUUGCUGGACAGCUGACUGAUACAAUGGCCAAAAGAAAUACUGUAAUAGGAACUCCAUUUUGGAUGGCACCUGAAGUAAUCCAAGAAAUAGGAUACGAUUGUGUUGCUGAUAUGUGGAGCUUAGGAAUAACUGCAUUGGAAAUGGCUGAAGGAAAACCUCCAUACGGGGAUAUACAUCCAAUGCGCGCCAUAUUCAUGAUACCAACUAAACCACCGCCUUCAUUUCGAGAACCGGAUAAGUGGUCCCCAGAAUUUAUCGAUUUUGUUAGUCAAUGUCUAAUCAAAAACCCAGAGGAACGAGCAACAGCCACAAAAAUGUUAGAUCAUGAAUUUAUUGGUAACCCAAAACCGCCAGAAAUUUUAAGUCAAAUGAUUGCUGAAGCAAGAGAAAUUCGAGAGAAUCAAACUCUCCGUUCUAAUGCAUUAUGUUUAGUCAAAUCAGCUGAAUCCAAAGAUCAAAACUCUAAAGAAGAUGAUAUUGACAGUCGUACAAUGAUAGUAGAUGAUAGUACCCUUGUACCGGAUAGAUCAAAAGGGACAAGUUUAAAAAGUAAUUCAUUAGUAGAAGAAUUGAGAACAAUGGUAAUUAAUAGUGAUGGAGAAGAUGAUUCCACAAUGAAGAGGCAUGAUACAGGACCUGAAGAAUCUGGUAAAAAGUAUAGACCAUUGUUCUUAGAUCAUUUUGAUAAAAAAAUUGCAGAAAAAUCUAAAAAUGAUAAUUUUGAUGUGGGAAACAAAUUAUUUGGUGAUGGACCAGAUUCUGCUCAAGAUGUUUCUCAAAUUGACGAAUCUGAAAAAACUAUAUCUUUAAAUCAAUUUCCUAUGCCGCAAAUAAAUUGCAGACCUGAUGGUAAUCUACCAACAGCUCUUCAUCAAAACCGAUACUAUUCACCAAUCGUUGAUGGAGACUUUGAUUUUUUGAAGUUUUUAAGCUUUGAUGACUUGCAACAAAGAAUGUCCAAUUUGGAUUCUGAAAUGGAACAUGAAAUUGAUGAGCUACGACGUCGUUAUCAAACAAAACGCCAACCAAUACUGGAUGCUAUGGAUCAGAAGCGUAAACGACAACAAAACUUUUGAAAUAUUUAAGAUCUGUACAAUUGCAGUGUUAAUACUAUAGUUACAAACAAAUGUAUGGCUAACUCCAGAUUUUCCCCGAUUAAGGUGCUAAAUGUAUAAUAUGUAGCCUGUCAGUAAUAGGGCAGGUAAUAUUUAUUAGACCAACUUCCUGAUUAAUUUUUGAAACAUAAUAAAACUAAUAAAUAUUAAUGUAUAAAUUAUCAUUACAAUAGCCUUAACAAAUAUCUAAGUCAUUUAUUCUGUUUUAAGUAUUAUUAUAGGACAAGUUGUUUUAAUCAUCUGAUAAUAUUGGGAAUAUAACAUAACAAGUUUAGAAAUCAAAUGUAAUUUCUACUCAACUAUCCAUAUUUAUUUUAAAUAUUUGACAAAAUUUUCAAACAAAUUUAUAUUUUAUUUUUCAUUAAUACUAAUUACCAAAAGAUCUAUAGAAGAUUAUUUAAUAAAUAUAACAUGCAAUGAUCAGUUAUCAAUUAUGCCAGUAUAGGAUAUAAUAAUAUUGUUUAUAACUUUAUAUAAUUUAAAACUUUCCAAUAAUUUUUUGUCUUCCUUCAAUUUUUCCUGAUUUUUAAGCGACAUCACCUUUUUUAAGAAAUAAUAAUAGACUUCCAUUAAAUUAUGGUUUAUCUUAAUGGUGGUAAUAUAUAUUUAUUUAAUACUGAUAAAUAAUACCUUAUAUUUUUGGGCUUUUAUAAUAUGCAGUUGUAUUUUCUAGAAAUCAAAACAAUACAAUAUAUUUUAUCUAUGUUAAUAUUAGAAGAACAUAAUCUUUGUAUGAAUAAAAUAUGAUUGGCCUAAAGUUGUAUUCAAAAUGAUUAAAUUCCAUAUAAUUCAUAACUGUAGCUCAGAUUAGAUUGUAAUUUUUUUUUUUUAUCAUAUAACAACUAAAUAAGAUGUUAAUAAUAUUUUGGAAUUGUUUGGCUGAACAAAAAUGACUGCACAAAUCAAAUUUAAUUAAGUAUAUUUUACAAAUAUUAAUAUAAAUAUAAUAUAAAUUUAUAAUUUACAAUUUUAUAUUUAAUUGGAGCAAUACACAAAUCAUGUACUAAAAUGUAAAAGAUGUAGACAGGACAGGGUGCAAAAGUUGUAACCAUAAUCGAGAUUCAAAGACUGGUUAUUACUUAUUUUUUGAUUUUAUUUUUAAAUGAUUUGCAUUUUCAGUCCGUUUCUUUAAAUUAUGAUUAUUGUAUGAUAUAGGUAACUAACUAUUGCUAUACUAGUGUAAUAAAAAAUAUAUAAAAGACUGACUGGAAAUUUACAUCAUUGGAUCUAUAAAAUAUUUAUGUAAAUGUAAAAAACCAAUAGUUAAUUUGUGGAUUUCUAAUAUAUUUCAAUAAAAACAAAAAAUUUCUGGUCAAAAAUGAAUUAUAAUUUUAAAGUAAUAUAUUAUAACAUUUUAUGUGGUUUUUUUUUUUUGUUAUUUUAUGUUAAAGAGCUUUCAAUUUAUUUUCAAUUUUUUUUUUUUUAUUGUGUUUAAUGAAAUAAAACCUUGGUUUGUUACCUUGUUAUAUUUUAGAUUAACAAUAAAUAUUCAUUAGAGGAAUAUAUUUAUUUAUUUCGGUAUAUGUGUAAUGCGUAACACUUGUAUUUUUGAUAUGUAACAAUACAACUACUUUUGAUUUGAGUUAAUUAAAAAUUAUUUUGAUUGAAAUGUAGUAAUAUUUACUAUCAUUUCAUUAAUAAAUACAAAUAAUAAUAGUAUUUUUAAUUUAUUUAAUACAAUACUCCAUCAACUGUAUAUUUUUUUCACUAUUAUUGUGUGAUUAAUUAUACUUUGACAAAUUUUAAAAUUGUAUGCAACUUAUUAAUAUGUACUAUACUCCAUUUAUGACUUAUAAAAUAGUUUAUACUAUUAUUAAUAAUGUUGAAAUUUAAAAUACAUAUUUGUCUUAUAUCUGUAGACAACUCAAAAUUUGUCUCCUAUUAAAUUACAUAUAUUGCUCAAAACUUCCCAUUUUAGUAUAUAUUUACCAUAAAAAUAUUUUACUAUAUGUGUAAUGUGUUAUAUUAAACAUUUUUUUUUUGUGAAACAUUUAUUUUUGACCUAAACAUAAUAACUGUAUUGUUAUAGUUGUAAAACUCUUUGCAGUAGCAUUGUAUCAAACAAAUAUGGUUUCGGUUGAUCAUAUUAUUUUAUAUUAACAAUAACACAUACCUAUAUAAAAUUUGCACGUGCCGACUUGUGUAUUAUAAUAA